AUGUAUGCCUUGUGGGUGCGACUCAAACAACAAGUACUCGGACUCGAUCACGAUGAUGGAGAGACUGUAAAUAUUCCAAAUGAUCAUAUUGAAUAUGAUGAGUUUGAUGAUGAGGUGGAUGGAUCCUCUUCUUCUUCUUCCAUGAUGACAACAAGCAUGAUGGAUGAAACGACAUUUCAGAUAUCGGAAGAAGAUUUGAAUAAUUUACCUUCAUCGGAAUCGAAUGGAGAUUUGGAAAAAGUGAAUAUGAAUGGAACAGGAAAUAAUACAACGUUGCAAGGAUCAAGAAAGAUCCAGUGGAAACUCUGUAGAACCACUCCAACGGCUUUGGAAAUUUAUAAAAAGAAAAAGAGUGAAGCGGUAGCCAUUUCUUCCAAUCCUACAAGUGGAAGUUCUACCCAGAGCAAUUUAUCUGAGAGUCCAAAGAAACAAUGUAUAUUACAUAAAAAAGAAACGACGACAAGCAUGAUCUCAGUGACCGUAAGAGAAGGCCUGUAUGAGGUUGAGUCGUGUCGUGAUGUUCCAUAUUUUGAGGGAUCCAACGAUCCAAAACACAAACUAAACAUCUUUAGAAGUAGAGUGAAACGAACUGGUACUCAAGAAAAUGCCAAGUUGCCAGUACUGUUUUUCUGUCACGGAGGUAGUUGGCGUAGAGGUGACAGAAAUCACAGAUGGUUUGACACGUAUAGCAGAUUAGCCAUGAGAAUUUGUCAAGAUUUCCCCUGCAUAUUUGUAGUGAUUGGCUACAGACUGGCUCCUGCUGUCAAAGCAGUACCAGAUCAAUGUGAAGAUGUGCUUUCUUCAUUCCAAUUUUGUGUGGAUAAUAUUGAAAAAUACGGAGGAGAUUCUUCGAAUAUGGUUCUAUUUGGACACAGCGCUGGAGCCCACCUAAUUAGCCUGUGUUUGUUAAAGUAUGGAAUGAAUUUGAAAAAUCUUAAGGAACCUCAAAUCAAAGAUGGUACCGAAAAUCAGCGAGAUCUUCUUGAUAGACAAUUAAUAGAAAAAAUUAAGGGAGUUAUUUGUGUUGGAGCUGUUUUUGAUGUGCAAUACGUAGCAGAUCGAGUGAUGAACUUGCCUAGAAAACUAAUUGUGGAACCUGCUUUUGGUGUUGCUGAAAAUUAUGAAGAGUGCUCUCCAAUAUUUUAUGUUGAAAAAGAGAGACUAUUUUUCACCAAACACAUCAAAGACCUAAAAUCUGUACCUUCAUUUUUCAUUUCAAAUGCUGAGAAUGAUUUGACCUUAUUUUCAUUCUUUUCCAUUGUGGACCAAGGAGAACAAUUUGCACAGAAAAUGAAGCAAGUUUAUCAAGAUUUGUCCCCUGAAAAUCCAUUGUGGAAUUCUGAAAGACCUCCACAAGUCAAAUACAAACGGUAUGGAGGCCACACAAACCAUUUCACAAUCAUUGGCCUUGGUGCUAGUAUGGGAAACGCAUACGAGCCAUUGGUAGAGGAUAUUAUCGAAUUUUCAAAACAAGUGUUUAGAGGUCACAAGAUUUUAGAACAAGAGAGCUUGAAAGAACAACAACUUGCUGAACCACUUACUUCUACAUCCACAGUGGUCGUGACUCAAACAACAGAAGUCACAGAGCCAAUUGUUAUCAAUUCUGAAAUCAGUAGUACUACUCAAGAAACACCAAGUCAAUCAAUUUCAGAAGGAGAAUUUGCUAUUGAACAAACACAAAACACCUUUACAUUGUAA